AGAAAGAGAAAAAAAAUACAAUUGGUUUGAAUGUGCCAAUCGCCAAAUUGGAAUGGUAAAGAUGAAUGACCAUUGACCUACCGUCUCGCAUAUCACCGCCACUUUCAAUCCAUCGCUGAGAAUCUUCGAUGUGCGAAUGGCGUCGGCGGAGGCGAAUGAAGGAGAUCGCGCGGUGGAGCUGAUCGUGAGCGACGCAUCUUCACCGUCGGAAGCCGCUGCCGCUGCCGCCACCGAUGUUAACGGCGAUGCUCCCGAGAUAACGCCUCUGUUGAAUCAGUCCGAGAAGCCUAAGAUCAACAUAUUCGCCAUCUCCUAUCCUCAACGAAAACCUAGGGAGCAAAUAAUCAGAUCACACGAUGCCGAGGUGUCUCCUGCAGUUCAGUGUGCUUUGUGGGUGUGGAGUGGAUCCAGAUACUCUGGUCUGUUGUGCAUGGCUGCGUCAUCUAUGAUCUACUUUUUGAUGGAAGCUGUUUCUGACGCUUUCUCUGCUCAGUCAAUUCCAUUGUUUGAGACCGCAUUUGCCCGAUGUACGCUAAUUUUGAUAUCAUCGUAUCUGUGGUUGAGGAAGGGUGGACAGCCAUUAUUUGAGCCCAAACAUGCUAGAAAGCUUUUAUUUUCAAGAGCUCUACUUGGAUAUCUCUCACUAAUGAGUUUUAUUUAUUGCAUUCAAAGAUUACCUUUGUCUCAGGCCAUUAUUUUGAGCUUCACAACUCCAAUUAUGGCUUCAAUAGCGGCGAGAAUCAUAUUGCGGGAGAAGUUGAGAAUUGGGGAUAUAGGAGGUCUUGCUUGCAGUUACUUUGGUGUGCUUUUUAUCUUCCAGCAGAUGCUUGUCACACAAGGGGUAUUAAAUAAAGCUGGCAAAGUACAAGCUUAUGUUAAGGGAAGUCACCAUAUAUUGGCAGUGCUAGUUGGCUUAUUUUCGGCAAUAACUGGUGGAAUCAGCUAUUGUCUUAUUCGAGCAGGAGCCAGAGAAACGGAUCAACCUAUGGCGACUGUGUUUUCAUUUGCCUUGCUGGCUAGCCCUGCUGCUGGACUCUGCACGUUUUCGUUUGAGGAUUUUGUGCUGCCUAGCUAUUACACAGUUUUCCUUAUGGUGGUAUUUGGUGUGCUGGCCUUUCUGGCAGAGCUGUUAUUGGCGCGGGCUCUUCAGCUUGAAAAGACUAGCAAAGUUACAAACAUCCAGUUCAUUGAGGUUGCACUAUCACAGUUUUGGGGAAUUGGUUCACGAAGACUAUCCCCAUCUUUUGGGCGGCUUGUCGGGUGUUUUCUUGUCCUAAUUUCAGCGUGCAUCACCAUGUACAGCGGACCUGAUAAAGAGACUGCCUGAGGCGAAACGAUAACAAAGGCAUUCAUUUAGUUCCGUUUCACAAGCAAACAUUCGCCGAUCAUAACCAGGUGCGCUCAUUCCUUGUAACCGUUGUAAAAUGUCGCAUUUAUUACCUGUAAUCGGCUUUUCACUCUUGGCAUUUGCGCCCUCGCCGUCUUUCAAAGGCAAAAAGGCCUCUACUUUUUGUAACGAGAAGGUCAGGAGAAGAAAUAUACACGCUCGCUCUUUUGGAGCAUGUGCUUACAGAUCCUGAAGUGAUGUUCACUUCGCAACAUGUUGAAUAGAGAGUACGCUCCCUGCUCUCGUAUUUUGCCUC